AUGGAAAUAACGAGGAUUGUGAAUAUCGAAUGCAAAUCGAUAUAUUUCGAGACUCGAAACCAUAGAAAUUUAAACUGGAAUUUUCGCAGUGAUAUAUUAAACGUUCAUUUAAUUCCUCAUAGUCAUGACGAUGUAGGAUGGUUGAAUACUCCAGAAAUUUACUACAAUGCCUAUGUGAGAUUUAUAUUAACAAAUGUCAUUAUCGAAUUGCAGAAAAAUAAAAAGAGAAGAUUUGUUUAUGCCGAAGUGUAUUUUUUUCGAAAAUGGUGGCUAGAACAAGAUUCGAUAACGAAAAAAAUUGUCAAAAAACUAAUUAAAAACAAACAAUUAGAAAUAAUAAAUGGAGGUGUGUGUAUGAGCGAUGAAGGUGUUACACAUUAUCAAAGUUUUAUAGAUCAAUUAACCUGGGGUCUAAGAUUUAUCAAUGAUACAUUCGGAUCGAAUGCUUCGCCAACUGUCGCCUGGCAAAUUGACACAUUCGGUCAUUCCAAAGUCAUUGCAUUAUUAUUUCAUCAAAUGGGAUUCGAUAGUUUAUUCAUAAAUAGAAUCGAUAUUGAAGAAUUAAAACUUCGUAGAGAAAAUAAAUUAAUGGAAUUUUUAUGGGUUGGAAAUAUCAGUAAAAAAUCGAAACCUUAUAUUUUUACAAGCCUUUUAUUCAAUCAUUAUAGUUCUCCUCCUGGUUUUGAUUUUGAAAGAAUCGAAGAUGAUAUAUAUAUUAAUUUUUCAACAUUUUCAAUACAUGUUAGAAAACAAGCGGCUGCAUUUAAAACAAAUCACAUAUUCGUACCAAUGGGUGAUGAUUUUCGAUAUCUUAAUGCUGAAAGAUAUUUUAAAUUUAUCGAUAGACUUAUAAGUUAUUUUAACAAACAUUCGAAUUAUAAAUUAAAAAUUUUUUAUUCGACUCCUUCUCUUUACAUUAAAGACUUACACUCUUCUCGAAUAUCAUGGCCAUUAAAAUUUGGUGAUUUUUUUCCUUAUGCUUCAGAAAUAAAUGUUUAUUGGACUGGUUACUUCACCUCCAAACCGACUUUAAAAUAUUUUGAAAGGUUGAGCAACAACUUUUUGCAGAUAUGCAAACAGUUAUUGGUGCUAGCUAAUAAAGGAAUGACUUAUUUCAAUGAGAUUAGAAAAUUAAGGGAAGCUGUUGCUGUGUUGCAGCAUCACGACGCCAUCACGGGUACUUCUCAACAACAUGUUACCAAACAUUAUGCCAAAUUAUUGUACCGAGGAAUACACACUUGUGCCAAACCGAUUGAUUCGUCAUUGAAGUAUUUAUCAAUGUUCGAUUCGAGUUCUUCCAAUUUGGAAUACGUGUCUUGUUUGUUACUGAAUAUUAGUUCGUGCGAAUUCACGGAAACUCAUUCGAGGUUCAUCGUAACCGUUUAUAAUCCUCUAAGUCGAAUAACGGAUUAUUACGUGAGGAUACCAAUCGAUAGACAAAACUACCUCGUCAUGGGAAACGACGGAGGGAUAAUAACGAGUCAAAUCGUCGCCAUUUCGAAAACCGUUAGAAAUAUUCCCGGGAGAAAAAGCAAAGCCAAAAACGAAUUAGUUUUCAAAGCAUCCCACUUGCCGCCAUUGGGAUUUAAAUCGUUUUACGUUCUGCAGGCGCCAAAAGGAAAAUUCAACGAUAAAGACGUCAAAGAAAAUCCAGUAAUAAAAAAUUUUCCUCUCUCUCUCUCUCUCUCUCUGGUCUUGAACGGUAGCCAAUUCCAUGUGAGAUUUGCUACGGGUAAAAACGGUUUCCAUUCGUCGGUAUUGCAAAAAAUUGAAUAUUACGAAUCGAAAAACCGUUCGGGAGCUUAUUUAUUUAGUCCGUCGCAAAAAAAAUCAUUUAAGGAUUUAAAAAAAGGAGAAAAAAUUGUAAAAUUAUUAAACGAUGGUCCCAUAGUGAAAGAAUACGAAGAAAUAUUUUCCGAUUGGGUCAGUCAAAUUGUGAGAAUUUAUUCGGAUGAAAAUUACGUGGAAUAUAAUUGGUUGAUCGGUCCGAUACCAAUCAAGGAUUCGAUAGGAAAAGAAGUUUUUGCAAAGUACGAAAGUACGAUACGAAGCGAUGAUAUUUAUUACACAGACGUAAACGGAAUGAAAAUGGAAAAAAGGAUAAGAAAUUAUAGAUAUUUUACGGAAAAGCCGUUGAACACGAUUUCUGGGAAUUAUUAUCCCGUAACGAGUUCGAUAUCGAUUCAAGAUGACGACAAUCAAAUGGCUGUGAUAGUCGAUAGACCGGAAGGAGGUUCGAGUCUUAAAAGCGGACAAAUCGAACUCAUGAUUCACAGAAGGACGAUCAAAGAUGAUGGAUACGGUGUAGGAGAACCUCUCAACGAAAUGGCACACGGGAAAGGUUUGGUCGCGAGAGGUAGUCAUUGGCUACUAUUCGGGAACAAGGAUUCGAAAAUGAAGAAAAGGAUAAAAAUGUUCGCACGAGAAAAACAUUUGCAACCCUGGUUGUUUUUUUCCGAUUCGAGUUCGUUAUCCUACGAUGAAUGGCGUACGAAUCACGUGACGGAAUUUUCCGGGAUGAAUGUCAAUUUACCGUCGCACGUUCAAAUACUAACGUUGGAACCUUGGAGAGAGCAAACGAUACUUUUGAGAUUGGAAAAUACGUUGGAAGAUUAUUCGAAAGAGGAAAUCGACAAAGCGGAAAUGAUAUCGUUAAAAGGAUUAUUUAAAAAUUUCGACGUGAUCGACGUUGGAGAAACGGCAUUGGGAGCCGACAGGUGGAUUUCCGACGUGAAAAGACUCAAAUGGAAUUCCUACGGCACGGUUAUAAUUAACGAGAGAGAAGAAAACAAAGAUGGAGGAGAAUUGGGCGAUGAUUUCGUCAUAAGUUUAAAACCUCAGGAAAUAAGAACGUUCGUUGUUAAAAUAUCGGAGAAAACAAGGAUUUGA